UGAGUGAGUCUGACUGAUGAGUGGGUCUGAGUGAUGAGUGAGUCUGAGUGACGAGUGAGCGUUCUCUCUCCUCCGGCGCGGUCCGCCAAUAUCAAGAACCCCAUACUUAGGAUAUGGGGAACAAGAACCCCAUCUUAGGAUAUGGGGAAAAAGGAGAGGACCCGCGGGGCCGGGGGGAAGGUCGAGCGCCGGCGCGGCCCUCCGCGCGGCAAGCGCCGACGAGACAGCAGCCGCUCGCGACCGGGGGCGGCCACGGAUGUGGCGGGCUGGACGCCGCUCCACACGGCCGCUUUCGUUGGCAGGCCGGGCGUGGUCUCCAUCCUGCUCGGGUGUGGCGCCGAUUCCAGACUGCGCAGCCUGGCCGGCCAGUGCGCGGCGGACCUGUGCUCGGACGCGCGGACGCGAGGCAGGCUGGUCGUGGCGGCGCCACCGCAGCCGCCCGCGGCCAGGCCGCGCUCAGUUGGCGGUCUUGGGGCCGCGCGUCUUGGCGCGGAGGCCGUUCCUUGCAUCAUCGACGUCGAGGGCAGCGGCACACCGUGGCAGGAGACUGCAAACCCUGAGAAAACGCAGGCGGAGGUGCGCUAUGAGCCGUUCUUCGUCCCGCGGAGUCCAGUGAUCGAUUGCCAGGACCAGCUUCCGAACUUCAACCGGUUGCUCACCAGCAUUGGGCAGGUUAUCUUUGAUAAGCAGCCCGGCCGGGGUCUGGCUUUCCUCGUGGCCACCGGGGCAUUGCGGGAUUAUCCCGUGGACAUGAUUGGUUUCUUGCGGUCAGGCAUCCUUCACCCCGCAAGCAUCGGUGAGUUCCUCGGGGAGGACUUCUCGCUGUCGAGGGUCCUGCGCAUGGAGUUCUUCAACCUGAUGCGUCUGAGGGGCUGCGGGGUCGUCGCCAGCCUGGCGAAGGUCUUCCUGCACUUCCAGGUGCCGGAGGACUUGCAGAAGGCUGAUCGCCUCCUACAGUCCAUAGCGGAGGUCUGGUGGAGGCAGCACACGGCUGCGAAGAAGCUCGCGGCGGCCUGGUCGCGGGCCUCUCCAGAGGUUGCGCCAUCUAAGCCCGCUGAUGAUGGCGGUGAGGGCCAGGCUGAAGGACAUCCAGAAGUGCAGGCCGAGCUGGCGGGCGCGGAGCUGCGCGCAGCCCUGCCAGACUGUGGCGUGCUCCACCAGCUGCUGUUCUCGGCCUUUAUGCUGCACCGGAGCCUGGGCGACCCCCUUUGCGGGCCACCGCCGCCUGGCCUGUCGGAGUGGAUCGAGUUGCACCGCGGAGUGGCUGGCAUGGAUUGCCGCUCGCCAGACCGCGUGUUGACGCCUGUGUACCGCGCAGUGCAGGGGUUGCCGAGGCCAGGCGGCCCGCGGCUGCCGCCCGCGGCAGAGGGCGGCCUCUUCCGCUCGCCGCUGGCGCCCCACGCGCGUGCGGAGGGCUGGGCCAAGGUCGUAGGCGGCGACCUGCCCUGGCCGCUGCGGCCGGAGGCGGCCGGGUACUGCGCCGCGGGCGGCUCAGCGCAGUUGCUGAGCCUGCUCAGCGAGACCGCCGGUGCCGCCGACCUCUGGCGCUCUGGCGGCCCACCCGGCGCCGGCGCGGCAGGGCAGCAGCCCCUGCAGCCGCUCGUCGCCGGGUCCCAGCAGCCAUCCGCGGAGAGCGCGCGGGCGGCCGAGGCGCCGGGCCCCCUGUGGCUGAGCCUGUGCCGCUCGCUGCUCUUCCUGUCGUGGAGGCCAGACGAGGGCGCCCCCUUCGCAUUCGUCCAUGCCGCCUGGGCCCGAGUCGAAGCCGAUGACCAGGCCCUGCGGCUGGUGCUCCGCGCUGGCGGCGGUGCUGGCGCGUCCGCGCCGCGCGCCACGCCGUGCGCCGUGCCGGGCGCCGCGCCAGGCCCACGCGGCACGAAGUCGGACAGCAGUUCGGAGUAUUUUGGGGCUGUGGGUUCGGUUUUCAACUGCUUGCGCCUCGGGGGA